GCCAGCUGAUCCCCUCCACUCACCAGGCCGCCAUGGACAUCGCCAUCCACCACCCCUGGUUCCGGCGCCCCUUCUUUUCUUUCCCCUCCCCCAGCCGCCUCUUUGACCAGUUCUUCGGAGAGCACCUGCUGGAGUCUGAGCUUUUCCCAACCUCUACGUCCCUGAGCCCUUUCUACCUUCGGCCACCCUCAUUCCUGCGGCUACCCAGCUGGGCUGACACUGGACUCUCAGAGAUGCGCCUGGAAAAGGACAGGUUCUCUGUCAACCUGGAUGUGAAGCAUUUCUCCCCAGAGGAGCUCAAGGUGAAGGUGCUGGGAGACGUGAUCGAGGUGCACGGCAAGCACGAGGAGCGCCAGGACGAACACGGUUUCAUCUCCAGGGAGUUCCACAGGAAGUACCGGAUCCCCGCUGACGUGGACCCUCUCACCAUUACUUCCUCCCUGUCGUCCGACGGGGUCCUGACUGUAAACGGACCAAGGAAACAGGUCUCUGUCCCCGAGCGCACCAUCCCCAUCACUCGUGAGGAGAAGCCUGCUGUCACUGCAGCCCCCAAGAAGUAGAUGCCCUUUCUCUCAUUGCAUUUUUUAAAACAAGAAAGUUUCCCCACCAGUGUCUAAAAAUGUGACCUAGUACUGAAGCUUAUUAAUGCUAAGGGCAGGCCCAAGUUAUUAAGCUAAUAAAAUGUCAUUCAGCAACAGA